CAGAGACCCUCAGAGACCCUCAGAGACCUUCAGAGACCACCAGCUCCUUUAGAUCCAGCCUGAAGACGGUCCUGUUGCCUUUCCUUGUCUCUCCUGUGUGGUUUAAGGUGCUCCUCACAUAAACUCGCCUCACCCUUUCUUUUGUUUUCUGUUUCUGGCUCUCAUUCUUCUUCUCUUCUUCCUGCUUUGAGCUGCCGGCCGGUGAGAAGCUCCGCCCUCCGGUGGUGAGACGCUCCGCCCCCCGGUGGUGAGACGCUCCGCCCCCCGGUGGUGAGAAGCGUUCAUAUAAAGUUACAUAAAUAAAGAUCUCCAGCCACAGAUCUUUACUUCCUGGUUGUUCCUCUUGUAACACAGGAACUACUUGAUAUGAUACACGCAAACUCAAUUAUAUAUUUAUAAAAAAUGAUUUUCUAUCUUUGUGGGUCUGAUAAAAAGAGUGAAAUAAAGAGCUUUAUUAUCACUUAUCAGAAAGGCAGGGAGUGAUAGUGAGACUGCCAAACACACACACACACACUCACACACACACACACACACACACACACACACACACACACACACUCCCUCUCACUGAGAUAACGUGUGUUGCGCCACCGGCCCGGUGACAGCCGCCUCGCGUCUCCGUGGUAACGCUCAGUGAAACUAACUUCUGUGCUCGUUUUAAAGAGUGAGUCGUUCUCUUCCCAUGACUCAGCCUUUCUGGGAGCGGUGGAAGAAUGGAGCGGCUCCCGGGUCCUAAACCCGGGUCACGAAGGACGCUCUCUGGGUCCUCCACUCAGACUAACUCAAUCUUGAACUCUUCGUCGUCGACCUUCAUCUCUGGACUUUGAACUCUCCUUGGAGAUAAGACCAGUUCAGGAUGGGAUUGGAGUUUUUCGUGGCCCAAAUCUUUGAGUAGAAGUCGUCUGGUGUGGAAGCGUUUCUGAAGAGUGAAUCCAGGGUCGGGCCCCCAUGUGGGGAGACGGUCCCCCUGAUGAAGGCCAGAGCCUGAACUCAGAGGAGGACGUGACGUUGACUGCAUGUCUUGCAUUCAUAAAAGAAGGCCAAUAAAUAAUACACGAGCCAUUAUAAACAUGGUUCAGCUAGCUAACGAUACCCAUCACCACUGAGGAGACCUUUGACCUGCUGAGAGGGAGUCGGCUCGUGAGCCUGCUGACCUUGAGAAGGUCCACUGGACUCGCCUCACACCUGUGGAGACGCUCCCGGUCCGCGGGGGACACCUGGACACGGUCCACUUGUCAAGCGAGUCGUCGUGACGAUGAGGAGCGUGACGAGCGCCUGCUGUCCUGCAGGUGAUCGCCGUGGUGAUGGACAUGCUCACGGACGUCCACAUCCUGCAGGACCUGAUGGACGCGGCGGCCCGCCGCUCCGUGGCCGUCUACGUCCUGUUGGACCACAAGGGGGCGCCACACUUCCUGGACCUCUGCUCCCGGCUGCAGAUCGGCUCCCAGCACCUUCGGAACAUCCGAACCAGAACUCUGGAGGGCACUGGCUUCGGUUUGUCCUUCGGCCGGCUGCCCGGUUCCCUCUGUAACAAGUACAUGCUGGUUGACGGGGACACGGUGGUGUUCGGCUCGUACAGUUUCUCCUGGUGUACGUCCCGUAUGGACCGGAACAUGAUCACCGUGAUGACGGGUCAGGUGGUCGAGUCCUUCGACCGCGACUUCCGCGAGCUCUACGCCGUCUCCGAGAAGCUGGACCUCUACAAGGAGUUCCACGUGGACCCGCCGGCCGCCGCCGCCGCGCCGCUCCGCCCCAGAGUGGGCACCGUGCGACCGCCGCUCCCGGCGACCACGUCCCGCUUCCAGGUGAGCCUUGGGGAUUCGCGUAAAGCCAUCCAGGUGCCGGUGCACAAAUACUACAACCCCAAGUACUCACUGGCGUUUGGGGACGUCCAACGGCCGCCGGCGUCCCUGCAGGAGCCGGGACCCACGAGAGGGUCGGCUCUGGCUGAGGUUCCUGAGGAGAUGGACCCGGGGAGGCCACGCGUGACCAGCAGUUUGAAGCAGGACCGGAUGAGUCCGCUGCCCUCAGAAGACCCGGGCGAGAUCUUCAAGAAGCCCGUCAAAGUCACGCAGGACAAGAAGGGGUGGGCCGGAUGGAAGUUCUCCAGGAAGCCGUCCAGCAAAGACAUUCUGGACAGCAUGGAGGGCAGCGGCGCGUUCCCUUCCCCGGGAGGAGCCAACAGGACGGAGGAGCAGGAGGACGACUUUGAGGUGGCCGUGAAACCUGCAUCCAGAUGGUGGACGAAGAACUCGAGUAAACUGGGCCGGAGGACGGACUCUGAGCUGACGAUCAACACGGCACCGGACACGGAGGGGGUCAAAGGUCGUCGUCAGGCCAAAGAAUGCAGCGUCUCCUGAGGGGGGUCCACGGAGCGGCCUCCGGUGCUCCAGCUUACAGAGCGCCUCCCUUUACGCCUUCCACUGAGGAAAAGACCAAAUGAAUGUCCACUUCCUGCCGACCCGUGUGGCUUCUAUGUGUUUGAUGCUGGUCGGUGACUCGGGGAGACGUGUCGGCCUGAAGGGGCAGACGGGUUCAAUGAGACCAGGACCCCGCUGGUCCUGCUGGUUCUGGUGUUCAGGGACCAGAGCAUCUAAAGGGUUACUCAGCCGCCUGUGGGAAAUACUCUUCUGCUCUCUAUGUUGUCAACUAUGUGAAAUAAUAAUGCAAAGUGUUUAUUUCAAUGUCCUUCUGACAUAUGUUCAAGUUGAGAUUUCAAUAAAUGUUUUUAGAUAAAUGUUCCAUGAUCUCAAGACUGUCCUGAAAUUAUAUUGUGGAAACAAUUUUUUGAAGUUAUUUGAAAUUUCUUUUAUUUUCUUUAAAAUUGUCUUUUUUGUUGUUGUUUUAUUCACAUUGUUUCAAACACGAAGCAUCACUGUGGUGGUGGCUCCACCUGGUGGUGAGACUCGGUAGUACGACGGAAUUUAAAAGAUGUAAAACUGCUGAAUGCGCUGCACAAAAAAUGCACAAUACUCAUGUAUGGUCUAUAAAAUCAUUAAUGGGUUGGCACCUCCACCACUGUGUGACUUUGUACAUAUUCAUCCUACAAAUUCCAUCAGAGCUACAAGAACAGUGUCAGUACUUGAUUGCGUUAAACCGUUCCGCUACACUGUGUUUGGACAGUCAUCUUUUUCUGUAAAAGCAAUAACUCAGUGGAAUAGUCUGCCAGAAAAGAUGAGGAGGUGCAGUUCAAUUGUCACUUUCAAAGCUCACCUGAAAGGACAGUUGCUAGCGAGUCAAUCAUGUUCCCAUUUUCAGUAGGGUACCCUUAAUGGGGGGGCGGCAUGACGAUAAUCAACCUCUGGGGCCUCUGGCCCCUGUGUAAAUAGGCUCAUUGACCGUAGGGGUUUUUUAUUUCUAUUUUAUUUUUAAUGUUAUCGUACGUAUUUCAUUGUAUUGUUCUACAUUGUAUGUUUUAUUUGUAUUGUUUUACAUUGUAUGUACAAGGGACUGGAGGUGUAAAAUAGCAAAAGCUAUAACCUAGUGCAAUGCAUCUUUUCUCUUCGGAGACUAAUGUUUUUUUGUACGUUGUCCCUGAAAUAAACUUCUAAAAAAAAAAUUUAUAUGGAACAAAUAUAAUAUAAUAAUAAGAAAUGAAAUUAUCUGACAAAGCAAAGAAAACAAAGAUGUAGCCAAACAAACAACAGUGAAACGGUGGAGGUAAGUACAGAGGUGGUGUUCAGGGACCAGAGCAUCUUCAGGAAGCGUUCCUCCCCAUGUGUGUGCACUACGCGUCUGCUCUAUGCCAACUAUCUGUGAAAUAAUAAUGCAUUGUGUUUAUUUCAAUGACCUUCUGACACACGUUUAAGUUGAGAUCUCAAUAAAUGGUUUUAGAUAAAUGUUC